AUGUUUUCAUUUUCAUGGAACAAGCAGGACCCUGAAGAUUCGGCCUCAGGUUCCACUUUGGAUUACUGGGCUUCUUCAUUAAAGUCGUCGCUGUUAAAUGAUGUCGGAGGCUCUUCUGACCUGUUACUAGGCUCGGACUCCGGUAAAUCUAUGGCCAACGGAAGCAACCCGAAUAGUGUUCGGCGCCGUCGUUCAAGUCAAUUUGUCACUGUGACCCCUAAGCCAUUCGAGGAUGAUCCUUGGGCUUAUUAUUAUACUUAUGCUAAUUCAGCUUUUGGCCGAGCUACAACUGGCGCUCUUUCAAACAAAGCAUACUCCACAAUUGGUAUUGUGCGGGCCCCAGUAUCUAUCAAAGGAUUAAAUUCAGAGCGAGGACACACAUCUCGAACAUCUAGGGUAACCCGAGCUGAGGAAAAUAACAACUGGGAUGCGUUGGCACAACCACCAAGUACUAAUGGCCGCCAAACUGCCAAAACUCAACCCAAAACAGUAGCAACAAACAGACCCACUGAUACUGGCACAUCAACUCUGUCUCCUCGUAAAAAUAGACUUCGACAUUCUCAAUCAGUCUACGGGGGUAUGGCUUCGUUGUAUGAUACUGAUAAUGAUCUUUCGACAACAGGAGUUGACGAUGUGGUGGGUCUGCGCUCCAACACUACCUUAACGACAUCAGCCGAGGCCCAGAAUUCACUUGCAUCUUCUCCUCAUGAAUCUAUUCAGGAGCGACUAUUGGCUUCCAUGUUUCGCAAACAGCAAAAGGAAGCCAGCCGAAAAACAAGAGCCGAGACAUACGGGUCUAAUGAACGGUACCCGCGCUCGGCUACAGUUGCUGGCAGCGUUGGCCGUGGACGCAAUGAACCUUCAACAUUUCCAUCAGCUGCACAAUUGGCUCGUCAACAAUAUCAAACCCCACCACCACGACAAAAACAUCCCCCCGCACAAACAUUCCCACGUGACUUGGGUGAAUUUGAUGGCUUUGAUGACUUUGAUGGUUUUGAUGGUUUUAGCAGUACGACGACUGGCUCGCCUGCACAGCAUCUGUCAUCAUCACAUUCUGCAUCUCUAAGAAGAACACAGUCUUCCCAACUAAUUAAGAAAAAUGAAUCGCCAGCUGAAGAUCUGCCCUCAAAAGCAAAGGAAAAUGUGGAUACCAGGGGUGAGCGCCGUUCUCAUAAUAUUGCAGAUACAUCGCCAUCUCCAAUGAGAAGAUCCUCUUCAAGAUCUUACCGAGGUACAUUUUCAAGUUAUGCACGGUCAGAACGUGCACCUACACCCAUUGCUGAAGAAGUCGAAGCUGUAGAUAGUAAUGAAGAAGUUGAUGAUGGACUUAGUGGUUGGGGAUUGCCUAAGAUCUUGGUUGCAACCCAGUAUGAUGAAGAUGAUGUUGAAGCAGAUGAGGAAAACGACGGAUAUAUGCAUAUGGAUGCUGAGGUUGGCCACAAAGCUUCAGAUAUUGAUAGCGCAGAUCAUUUUGAGGAUGUUUCUGAAGAUGAUGAUGACAAAAAUAUACAAAGUGAUUCUAGCAGUUUUGACAGCAGAGCUAAUGACUUUUUUGAUGAUGAUGAUGAUGAUGAUGAGGCCGAGUUCGAAGCUGUGGCAAAAUCAUUCAACUUUGAGCAGAUUCGCCGGUCAAUCACAGAAGCCAGUUUAAAUAGCCAACUUAUAAAUUCUUCAUCGAUUCAGCAGCAACAGCAAAAAAAGGAAUUCCAGCAAAAACCGAAAAAGCCCGUCAGUGUUGCCGCUACCGCACCAUCUGGUGGUUUCACAAAGUCCCAAACUUUUGCUGGUGGUCUGGCAUCUGUAAUCACUUCCCAGCAAAACCCUACACACUCAACAACCUAUAGCACAACUUCCACUGCUGUUGACAUUUCACCGCCGCCGCCGCUGCUGCCAAGACCCAUCGAUCGGGUUUCGGCUGCGGCACCCCUCUUGGCUCCUGUACCGGUGAAAUCCUCAACUACUCCACAUUUCAAUGCAACGACCAGAGAAACUGAAAUAAAUACAAAAGCAGGUGCAAAAAGUGCGACGAACUUGCCAUUAAAAACUUCAUGUGCAUUGCGUACAUUAUACAGCGUCAUUUACUGGCUGCUCCUUUUCAGUCCAGGUACAACCCAAUCGACGCGUACCCUUUUUGCUAACACUAUUCUCGAUGCUCUGGUGUUGCGCAUCGAGCCUACAGAUUUUCGUCGUUUGCGUCGCAGCGCCGUUGUCAUUCUCAUUCUAGCAUGCUUGUACUAUCCAGCAAGCAACCACAAAAACAGCAAAAACAACAACAACAACAACAACAACAACAACAACAACAACAAAAAUCUCCGUUUAAAAGCCAAGCUGAGCUCCAAUUUACGCCAACCAGCUCGUCAAACCAAUUCCGCUCGUCGGAUACCAAGCUCCAAUAGUUCUGGUAAUAAUAGCAAAAGGACCCCCAACUCGGCAACGGCCUUUUCGUACCACAGCAACGGAAGCAAUAGUAAUAAUAUCAAUGGCAACAGCCAGCGUGCACCAGUUUACGCGGUUGCAGCUGCUGCUGCUGCUCGCCAGGAGGAUUUGUUUUCAAGUGGAGAAAGACUUAAACGGUCUGGAUCCUUACGAUCAGUACGUUCCAUUGGCUCAGUGGGGUCUUUACGAUCUUUGCGUACGCGCACAGAAAAAAAAGAUCAAGAUUUUCCCGCUUGGGGUGUGUAA